AUGAUGGGCCGUCCAAUUGAAGAGAUCGUCUACGAUCAGCUCUUCCCCCAUCCCAAGUCCUCGGAGCCCCAAAACUUCCAGUCCUUCCUCCAGCGCUCCCUCAUCCCCGAGGUUCGUCAGGAAACGCAUUCCUUUUACGGCCACAUCGAUACACAAGAGGCCAAGUACCCAGGCCUCGACUACGUUCACCCUACACACCGCAUGCGUCUGAGCCGCUGGCCAUGGCACCGCCGCCUCUUCCGCGCCUUUGACGCCCUUGGCCUGACGCGCUUCGAGAUUGCCGGCCUGACCAAGUGGGAGGGCACCAAGUGGGCCAAGGAGAAGUUCGAAAAGGAGCAGGGCAUCGCUAUCCGCGAUACCACCGCCGAUGGCUUCCCGACUUGGGAGGAGCCCGCCGUCUGGGUGACUCCCUCCACCGAUAUUGACAUCGACGCCGCCUCCAGCCCGACCCUCAGCUCUAGCCCCUCCAGCAGCGGCAUGUCCACUCCGCCCUACCAGCCCGCCGAUGAGGAUGACGACGACGAAGACGAUGAAUCGAGCGAGGACGAGCUCGAGAGCGUCGGCGUUGAGCUCAACGCUCGCCUCCGCACCCAGGCCGCCCGUCGCGAUGCUGGCGACAGCUCCGCCGUCCUUGACGAGGCCUGGGAGGAGUGGCUUAAGACGGCCAUUGAGUCGGGCGAGCUCGCCAUUGUCACCGAGCAAAUGACCGAGUCCGCUGCCGGUAGUCGCACCGCGCCCCUGACCCGCACCGCCGCUCUCGUUCCCCACGGUAUGCUCGACCUCGCCCGCGGCGGCCAGUGGGACGAUAUCCCAGAGUUCCUCCAGCCCAUGCUCCGCGAGGUCAUCCGCGGCGAGACCUCGAUCUCUGCCCGCGGCGACCCCGCCCGUUUUCGGGCGACUACCCCUAAUGCCCUGAGCCGCCAGCUGAGGGCGGCCACCCCGCGCUCCGCCAUGGGCUGGAACUUUGGCGGCCAGGUGAAUGCCACUCGCACAGUCAAUCCUAGUGCUUAA